ACCUAGACAGACGCAUCAAUGGUGCACAGAACCAGGUAAUACACUCACUCUGAAAGUGUCAGAAGAGGACUCCCCCUAUAAUGUGUGUGACACCGGGUACAGUGUUGAAAAUGUUGAAAAUGGCUGUCUCCUCCUUUGUGCCCCAUGGUUGACUGUGUUGCCUGUGCCCCAUGGUUGACUGUGUUGCCUGUACCCCAUGGUUGACUGUGUUGCCUGUGCCUGAUGUUUCCCUGUAUUGACUGUGCCAUUGACCCUGUCCCUCUGCCUUGCUGUGCGCUGCAGUGCGUAGAGCCUCGCCACCGUCGCAGUGUCACUCAGGAUGCACAGCUUUAUGGGAGGGGGCCUGUUCUGCGCCAUAGUGGGGAACAUCCUGCUGGUGGUCUCAACUGCGACAGACUACUGGAUGCAGUACCGCCUGUCGGGCAGCUUCGCCCACCAGGGCCUGUGGAGGUAUUGCAUGUCGGGCAAGUGCUACAUGCAGACAGACAGCAUCGCCUACUGGAAUGCCACCCGUGCCUUCAUGAUCCUGUCGGCCAUGUCUUGCUUUGCCGGCAUCAUCGCAGGCAUUCUCUCCUUCGCCCAUUUCUCCGCCUUCGAGAGGUUCAACCGCUCCUUCGCUGCAGGGAUCAUGUUCUUUGUCUCCACUCUAUUUGUUCUGCUUGCAAUGGCCAUCUACACUGGAGUGACGGUGAACUUCCUGGGGAAGCGAUUCGGUGACUGGCGCUUCUCUUGGUCCUACAUACUGGGCUGGGUGGCACUGCUCAUGACCUUCUUUGCAGGAAUAUUUUACAUGUGUGCCUACAGAAUGCAUGAAUGCAGGAGAGUGGUGGGCCCACGCUAAAAGAGAGAGGAAAGCCAGUGGAAAGAAAUUCGGGACAUUUUGGCACCGCAAGUCCAACACGAUGAAAGAAUCAAGCUUACACCAAUAGACAUAUCACUGAAAUAUAGAAACUGUACUGGAAAAUUGAGAACCAAAGAUUAAUACAAAUGUUUGAUUCUGCCUGAGCAGUUUACGUGUCAUUUUAAUAAAGCUAUAACUCUC